AUGCACAAACCGCGGGCAGCCAACUCUGCACCUCCUUUUCGUCCGAUUUUCUCUUCCAUUGGGACAUACAAUUACAACCUGGCCAAAUUUUUGAGUAAUCUUCUCCAGCCGCACAUUCCCUCUGAAUAUGUUGCUUCAGACACGUUCACUUUUGUUCGUGAAAUUAACGGCUUGUCAAUGGAGGGGAAGUUUAUGGUUUCGUUUGAUGCGGAAAGUUUGUUUACCAACAUUCCUUUGAGUGAAUGUAUAGACCUAGCGGUCGACUACAUUACCAAAGGCAACCCUGGCAUCAAACUAAGCACUUCUGACCUGAAAAGACUUUUCCUAUUUGCCACCGCUGAAACCCAUUUCAUUUUCAAGGGCACAUACUACGAUCAGGUUGAUGGUGUAGCCAUGGGUUCCCCCCUAGCCCCCGUUCUUGUUAAUCUUUUCAUGGGUCACCACGAGAAGAUCUGGUUGGAACAGUACAGGGAUUCCCAGGUUUUAUUCUACCGUCGUUAUGUGGACGACACUUUCUGCCUUUUCAACUCGGAACGGGAUGCUGACCUUUUCUUUAAUUUCAUUAACAAUCAACAUCCCAAUAUUCAUUUCACUAUGGAGAGGGAGAGUAACCAGGUUCUUCCUUUUCUUGAUGUGCUAUUAAACAACAAAUCCCCACAAUUCCCUGUCACCAUCGUAUACCGCAAAAAGACUUUCACGGGCUUGCCAAUUUUUUAA